UUGCAUGUCAAUUAGUGUUGGAAUGUGUAUUUGUAUUUAGAUUUCCAUUUAUAAAAGAAUUGCCACAGCAAUCUCACAUACCCACAAACAAAAUUCCGGAGUGCUACGAAGUAGAAAUGGUUUGGUUAACAUUCAGCUCUUCUCCUUCCCUCUUCUUGGGUUUUCUAAUCUUCUUCUUCCUACCCUUUUGCCAUCGCAACCGCAUGGCAAUGGCCCAAGAUGAUCUCGGAUGGUUCUGCGAUAAUGCAGAAGGAAACUACACCACUAACAGUCCCUACAAAGCCAAUCUAAACCACCUCCUUUCCACUUUCACAACCAAUCAAAUCGACUACGGCUUCUACAACCUCUCCUACGGCCAUGACCACAAAGCUUAUGCUAUUGGUCUAUGCAGAGGAGACGUUAGACCUGACACUUGCAGAAGCUGCCUCACCAACUCAAUAACCCUUCUCACCAAUAACUGUCCCACCCAAACUAAUGCCAUUGUUUGGUACGAAGACUGUUUUUUUCGUUACUCCGACCGCUCUCUAUUCGGCACAUUGGACCUUUCCCCCACUCGCUUUGUGGUGCUGCCCGUGACCAAUAAUGUUUCGGACGCUAGGUUUACUCAGUUAGCCACUGAUUUGCUUCAACAACUCACUCCUAGAGCUGCAUCCGGUGAUUCCCGUUUGAAGUAUGCCGCUGGAAGAAUUGCUGUCCCCAAUUUUCCUGUCCUUUCUGGGGCUGUGCAGUGUACUCCUGAUUUGAAUUCCGAUGAUUGCUCCAACUGCCUGGAUGCUUCAAUUGCACAAGUUCGAGAUGCUUAUGAUACGGUCCCAAGAGUUAGGAUUAUGAAACCCAGUUGUAAUAUUCGAUUUGACAUCAACCGCCUGUUUCAGGAUCCGCCGGCUUCAUCCCCACCUCCCAAUUUCUCAAAUACAACAACUACUACUAAUACUUCUCCACGAGGAAACAAAGCUCGAAAACUGGUCUUGGUUUUGGUGCCUAUUAUUGUGGUUGUUCUGGCUGCUCUCCUACUAAUUAUCAUCAUCAUCUUAAGAGCAAGGAAUUCAAAUAAAAAAAAUGAAAUUGCAAAUGAAGAAUCUUUGCAGUUCGAUUUUGAUACAAUUAAAAUCGCAACCAAUGGAUUCUCUGAUGCAAAUCAACUUGGGCGAGGUGGGUUUGGAGCUGUCUAUAAGGGUCGGCUUCCGGAUGGACAAAACAUAGCUGUGAAGAGACUAUUUCAAGGCUCAAAACAAGGAGAUGAGGAAUUUAAGAAUGAAAUCGUGUUGGUGGCUAAGCUUCAACAUCGAAAUUUAGCUCAACUCUUGGGUUUCUGUUUCAAACAAAAUGAAAAGCUCCUCAUUUAUGAGUUUGUGGAGAACUCCAGUCUUGAGAAAUUCCUCUUUGAUCCUAUCCAGCGUGAGAGUUUAGAUUGGAACACUCGAUACAAUAUUAUACAAGAUAUUGUUCGAGGACUUGUAUACCUUCACGAAGACUCUCAACUUAGAAUCAUUCAUCGAGACCUUAAAGUCUCUAACAUUUUAUUAGAUGCAGAAAUGAAUGCUAAAAUUUCUGAUUUUGGAACUGCAAGACUAUUUGAACAUGAUCAAACACGAGGAGAUACGAGAAAAAUCGUCGGUACUUAUGGAUAUAUGGCUCCAGAGUACGCGUGGCAUGGUAAACUUUCAGUCAAAUCAGAUGUAUUUAGUUUUGGUGUUUUAGUUUUGGAGAUUCUAACUGGACAAAAGAAUAAUCGAGCUCAAACCAACAAGGAGAUUUCUGAGUCUCUUAUCAGCCAUGCAUGGAGAAGUUGGCAAUCAGGAAAUUCACUUGAUAUUGUUGAUCCAUGUUUGAAAAGUGGUUCAAAAAUUGAAAUGGCUAGAUGCAUUCAUGUUGGAUUGUUAUGUGUUCAAGAAAAUCCACUUGAGAGGCCAACAAUGACUACCGUACUUCUCAUGCUUAACAGUGGUUCUACUACUCUUCCAAGACCCUCUGAACCGGCAUUUUUUAUCAAUAGUAAUUACUCUAAAAUGUCUGAACAAUUUGUAGAUCAUAGUUCAACUCAAGAUGUGAACGAAUUGUCAAUUACUGAGUUAUAUCCUCGUUAGUUGUAGCUUAAAUUAUGUUGUGUUGUUGUCAUGAGAGAAUAAUACUAGGCCAAGAAAGUGAUGUAAUAUCAAGUUGUAUGCUGUGUCAACCUAUAUGUAAAAUAAAGUAAUGUAAUAAGUAAAUUUACGA